AUCAUCAGUCUACUGCCUACCAGUGUUCAGUUCACACGCAAAGCCGCAGCCCAAACAUCCCAUUUUCAAAAUGAAGUUCCUGAUCGCAUUCGCCACCGUUAUCGCCGUCGCUUUGGCCGCCCCCGUCGAUGAUCGCGACGCGCAGGUUGUCCGGUACGAUAACGACCACAAGGGCAUCGAUGGGUACAACGUGGCCUACGAAACCAGCAACGGUAUCAACGGCAACGAACAGGCUGAACUGCGAUCGUUCGGCGAAGACACCGCCGCCAUCGUGGUUAAAGGAUCGUAUUCUUACACCGGUAGCGACGGGCAGGUCUACACCGUGAACUACGUGGCCGAUGAGAACGGAUUCCAGCCGGAAGCUGCCCACAUUCCACGUGCCUAAUGAGGGGUGGAUCGGUUGAGAGUGCAGCUCGAGUAUGUGAUUUUGUGAUAGAAUGGUGAUGUAAAUAAAUUGCACUGAAUAGUUAA